AUGCCACUUCCUCCUAAGGUUUAUACAUGGCUUUGUGGAUUGUUCGCGAGUUUGGGAAGUGUUAUCUUCGGAUAUGACUUGGGUGUCAUCGCAGGUGUAUUGCCAGCAAAGGAUUUCCAAACUGUUAUGGGUCCGAGAUAUAGCAAUCCGAAUCUUGUGGGGUUGAUUACGAGUAUUUUUGUGCUUGGAUGUUUUGCUGGAAUGAUCCCUGUCGCGUAUGCGGCAGACCACUUUGGAAGGAGGAUGACGAUUCAGAUGGCGUGUCUGGUCUAUCUUUUCGGUGGAGCGAUGCAAGCAGGAGCGCGGAAUAUGGACAUGAUGCUCGCUGGGAGAUUCUUUGCCGGUUUUGGAGUUGGAAUCUUGGCGGACCUUGCACCUCUUUACCAAGCUGAAAUUGCCCAUCCGAGUAUCCGGGGAAGACUGACAACGCUUCAACAGUUCAUGUUGGGGAUCGGAGCCUUCUGUGCAUCCUGGAUUACAUACGGAUGUGCUCAAGGUAUCCCAGGUACACAAGCCGAGUGGAGAGUACCUUUAGGUAUCCAGAUGAUCCCAGCUCUUCCGCUUCUUGCUUUCAUUCCUCUCCUUCCCGAAUCACCGCGAUGGCUAGCAGAGAAGGGUCGCAUUGAGGAUGCAACAUCCGCUCUGGCCCGGCUUCACGCCCACGGAAACAAGUCAGACAUAUUCGUUCAAGCCCAGAUCGAGGAUAUUCAGGCCGAAAUCGCGAAGUCGAAGGAAAUCGGUUCUGCUUCAUGGGGGGAGUUGUUUCGCGUGCCGAGUAAUUUUAGGAGGUUGAGUUUGGGAUUUAUUCUACAGUUCUCUGUGCAGAUGACUGGUGUCAGUGCGAUACAGUACUAUUCGACCGAUAUCUUCACCACGAUGGGCUUCACCUCCACCCGAAUUUUGUUAUUCCAGUCGAUCAAUAGUAUUAUCGCGCUCAUCGGGGAAGCAUGUUGUGUUAUUUGGGUUGACCAUACUGGACGAAGGAGGCCACUUGUCGUCGGAAACAUAGUGUCGGGACUGUCAUUUGUGGUCGGGAGCAUUUUGAUGGCAAGAUGGCCGGGAAGUGUUGAUAAUGAUGCCGCGCACUAUAUUUUUAUCAGUACGUUGCAACUCAGGUCAUGUCGCUCGUUACAUCCACUCACUUUUACCUCGCCUGCGCUUCCGAAACACCAGUCACGUACGUCCUCAUCACCACGACUUUCUCCCUCCAAGCUGAUUAUAAUAUCACCAAUACGGCUGUUCAGAACCUGGGUGUUCAACUUCUUUUUCAGUGCAUGUAUAGGUCCUCUCUCUUGGGCGUACCCCGCGGAAAUCUACUCCACAAGGACAAGGGCAAAAGCAACAGCAAUAACCAGUGCUUCAUCGUGGAUAUCCAACUUCUUCAUCGCACAAGUAACACCGUUCGCGUUCAAGGCUGUUGGGUGGCGAUAUUACUUGGUAUUUGCGAUUCUGAGUCAUACAAAUGCUGCGUUCAUCUGGUCGUUCUUCCCUGAGACCAGUGGUCGUCGGCUUGAAGAAAUGGAUGCGCUAUUCGAGAAAGCGCCGAUUUUCGUUCCAUUUAGUGGUUAUGAUAAGGCGGAGGAUAGACAUGCUGCCGAAAAUGAGUUGAGGGAGGGUAGAUUUGUCGCCGGGAGUCUUACAGAGGCGGUUCCGGGUGCUCAUUACAAUGCUAACGAUGAAGAAAAAGUUGAGGAUGAAAGGGAUGUCAAGUUUUAA